GAAAGGUAAAAGCUGAUAGUCUAUGCUUAAUCUUACCUAGCGAAAGAGUAGUAUUUAAAUAUUAAAUUAAAAUAUGGCUUAUAUACAAAUCUAGAUAGCUUGUUGUAUUCUACAGAAAGUGUAAUUCCAAGAAUGCAUCCAAAGGAGUGUGAUUCGGAAGAGCUGACAGUAGGAGAACUGGAGGAGGUUUUCGUGCAGCAAACUGACAAUGCCGAGACGCUCCAGGUCCCGACGCCGGACACACUGGGUAAAAACUCACAGAACCGCUUAAGUUCUGUGUUGAAACUUAGUAGAACAGCGAGAAACGUAAUGGAACAUCGAAAGCUGACCUCAUCUUGGCCGGGACGAUAUUUAAGGAAGUCCGAGGAUGUCCUGCCAGCUAACGAGGAAACGCGUGAAACGGGAGGGGACGGUACCACAGGGGAGGGGAAAGAAGUCAAAAACCCAGACGAGGUGAACUGUAACACCCAGCCACCCCAACUGGACAAGAAAGAGAAGGACUCUGGCCCAAGAAUCACAAAGGAGUUCUUGAGGAAUCACUGCAAGCAGAACAAGCUGUACAUCACCCCACACCUGAAUGAUGUGCUGUACCUGCAUUACAAAGGGUUCUCCGCCAUAGAGAACCUGGAGGAGUACAAGGGCCUGAAGUGCCUGUGGCUGGAGUGCAACGGGCUGCAGCGGAUCCAGAACCUGCAGGCCCAGACGGAGCUGCGCUGCCUGUUCCUGCACCAGAACCUGAUCCGCCGGCUGGAGAACCUGGAGACCCUGAGCAAGCUCUGCACCCUCAACCUCUGCAACAACUACAUCAGGGUCAUUGAAAACAUAUCAUGCCUACCUGAGCUCAGCACUCUGCAGGUUGCUCACAACAAGCUGGAGACUGCGCAGGACAUCGCCCACCUGGCACUCUGUGCCAAAAUCAGCGUCCUGGACCUGUCCCACAACAAACUGAGCGACCCAGACGUGCUCACCGUCCUGGAGGCCAUGCCCGAACUGCGAGUGCUGAACCUGAUGGGGAACGAGGUCACCAGGAACAUCCCCAACUACAGGAAGACGCUGAUCGUGCGCCUGAGGCUGCUGACCUACCUGGACGACAGACCCGUGUUUCCCAAGGACAGGGCGUGUGCUGAGGCCUGGGCCAGCGGAGGGCUGGAGGCGGAGAGGACGGAGUGGGGGAUGUGGGAGACGCGCGAGAGGCAGAAGAUCCAGGACAGCCUGGACGGGCUGAGAGCCAUCCGGGAGAAAGCCAUGGAGAGACGCAGACUGAGGGAGGAGCAGGAGACUGAGAAACACACUCAGUCAUUGGCCACUACAGAACCUCAGCCAAUCAGUGACCUGCAGACACAGAUAAAGGUCACGGAGAUGCCAAUCACAGAGCUGCAGACACAGAUAAAGGUCACCGAGGAGCCAAUCACAGAGCAGCAGACAGAGAUGAAGGCCACUGAGGAAGACCAGCCAAUCACAGACAUGCAGACACAGAUAAAUGUCACUGAGGAGCCAGUCACAGCGCAGCAGACACAGAUGAAGGCCACUGAGGAAGCCCAGCCAAUCAGUGAACUGCAGACACAGAUGAAGGUCACUGAGGAAGCCCAGCCAAUCACAGAGCAGCAGACACAGAUGGCUACUCAAGGUUCCCUGGUCACAGAGCUGGAGAACGCAGACCAGAUAGAGACCAUUCAAGUGGACGAAUACUGCCAGCUGUGCAUCAAUGACCUUCCGGAUUUGGAGGAGGUCGACCCCGAGGACCCCCACGGAAUGGACUUCUUCACCUCUCAGGACGUGUUCCGACCAAAAAUCGAGGUGAUCUCUGACACCAGCGACGAGAGCGAAUCGGACGAGGCGGAGGACCCCCCAGCCGAGAGGCCGCUCGUCCGAGAGAGCAGCCUCGACCCCGACCCCAAACCCAAACCCAAACCCGUCCUGGACCGCGACCCGGAACCCGCAGAGCUGUUCUACAGAGUCGCCGACAGGCACCCGUCAAUCAAACCAGACAGUCUGGAGCCCGCCAAUCAGAAAAUCGCAGAGGAACCAAAGCCAGACAAAAGGCUGGAGAAGCCAAGAUGUCUGAUAGAAGAACUGGAUUAAAUGCCACGGCAUGCGUUACGUCGUACACCUUUGUUCUGAUUAAUCAGGGACUGUUCCUCAUAAAGUUGUCCCCACAAGUGUAUCUGUUUUCUUACAGCCGUUCUGGAGAUACUAAAGGUUGUUCUGUGGAAAUUUUAAGCAUUUAAAAAAAAGUUUAAAAACCGAGUUCCAGACAUGUUUGGAGUGUAUUACAGGGAGGCCUUUCACAGAAGCAAACCGCAAAGACGACAAUGACACGUUAUAGGGUUUAUUUCGUAGGCACGCGUUUACACAAAACUAAGACUGAACCAGUUCAUCAUAAAAAAAAAAAAAGUAAAUUAAAAAAAUCUAUUCAUUAUUAACCUCCAUUAUAAACACA